AUGGAACUGAUGUGGUUGCAUGGCAGUGUUGAGACGCUUUGUUUACAUGCGGCGGGCGACACGUGCCGCCUGUACUCGUACGUACACGUAACACGCGCGACCAGUAAUCAGUUAUCGGCGGCGAGAGUGAUCGCGCAUCGCGGCUAUUAUGUCACACCAAUUAAAAACUAUGUCGAGCGCGCGAGGAAGGAAGCGGCGGAAAGCGCUCAAGAGAGGGGCGGAGCGGGAGGAGGGCGCGGAAGAGCGCGCGUGCGGCAGUCGCGCGCUGCCCGCCGUCGCGCACGCACGCACGCCGCGGGCCCUCGCGAGCGCCAUGAGUGA